AUUUAAUCGCACUUGUUUCACUGAACAAAACAAUUUAUCUUCCAUUAAUGUACUUGAAUUUCAUGAAAAACCAUCAUAAUAACAAGAGAAAAGACAAAGAUGUCUUCAAAUCAAUCUGGACAAGGUAAAACAGUGUUACCGAUAAUAGAUAUGAGUAAAGUUGGCGAAGAUCGUGAAGCUGCGGCCAAAAAUGUGGUUGACAUCCUUGAAAACGUGGGAUUCGCUUAUGUUGACAAUGUGGACGGCAUUGAUUACAAAGGAUUAUGGGAUUGUUGUCAAUGGUUUUUCAAUAAACCUAUGGAAUUCAAGAAGAAAGUAAUGAGAAAGCAAUGGAAUCCAGAAAAUCAAAACCUCUACAGAGGUUACUUUCCAGUUGUUGAAGGAGAGCCUAGCAGGAAAGAAGCAUUUGAAUUUGCGAGGGACGUGCCACCUGAUGAUACGUCGGUGUCGCCUUCAAACUGGUUUUAUGAGAAAUCAACAUGGCCAGAAGAAGACGGUAAUUUUCCUUUCAAGAAGUUUUUGCAGCAGCAGUAUGAGGUGAUGCAUGAGACAUGCAUGGAAAUUCUUCGGUUGUCGGCCAUAGGUCUCGGAAUUCCAGAAAAUGCAUUCAUGAAUCUUUUUGAAGAUAAACCAUGUUCAACAUUCCGAAUUUUGCAUUAUCCCCCAUGGGAUUGUGAACCACCCAAAUCCGCAUUUAUAGAAGAUGGGAAAAUUCUCACUACACCUGAUCAUGCGGAUUCUGAUUUUAUGACAUUGCUUACACCGUUUAAUUUUGGUGGUUUGGAGAUUAUGCAGUCCGACGGCAAGUGGGCAGAAGUAAUGAAGCGACCAGGAAGUCUUGUGAUGAAUAUUGGCGUAACAUUCUCACGUAUGCUGGGAGGAAGAUUCAAGGCAACUCGGCACCGUGUUAUAGAUAUUGGAGUUGAUAGAUACUCUGUUCCAUUUUUCCUUGGUCCACGUUUUGACGGAGAUAUAGGUGUCAACUAUCUCUCAAUGUUUGAGAAAGAUGGCAAGGAUCAUGUUCCUGAGAAAUAUGGUCCCUGGGUAUUACACAGAAUGAAAUACGAACAGAAAUACUUUGAAUAUAAAGUACUUCCGGAGAUAGAUGAAUAAUUGUGCAAUGUAUUAAUCUUAAUUGAAUCCGAUUGCAAAAAAGUAUAUAUAGUUUUAGACCUUAACCUCAUGUUAACUAAGAUUAAUUCAAAAACAGUGUAUUUAGAAACCAUUGCAAAGGUGCAUUUUGUGUAAAUACAAGAACGGUUAACUCAAAUGCAAAGGUGUAGGAUGAAUGUUACAAAAUUAACCAUGAAAGGAUAAAUAUAAAGAUAUUUUUUUAUUAAUACUGUUCAAAACGUAUGUUUUUGUUAUAGAAAUGUUUAGACAUAAGGCAUAAUUCAAAUGCAAUAACUUUGUCAUUUUAAGACCCCAAAUAUAUACUUAUCAUUUGGAAAAAAAAAACCUUUUUCAAGGUUAAAAGAUAUUACAAAGUAAAUACAUAAAAACCUUAUUUUAGGAUUUUCCUGAGAAAUAGUGAUUACAUCGUUAUAUUAAUUAACAUUAAAUGUCCGAUACAUUAUUUGUUUUAGAUUUUUGUUUAAAAAAAAUCAUGUGCGUUUGCAUUUCUUAGAUAUAUGUCAAUAUAACCGUCUGUUAAUGAUGAACACAGCAUUUAUAUAGGUUUCAAGGUUUUCUCUGUUGCAUAAAUUUAUUGAACAAAUUAUAUAUUAGUUAUACUCUGUCAGUUAAAUCACUCUAAACGGUUCAUAAAAUAUUAUAUUUAAUUUUAAAGACACUCAUUAGCAAUGACAAAUGCAUAACAGUUUAAUAUACAACGUUUUUUAUAGAUAAAUAUUAACUAAACUUAAAUGCUCUUAAAAUCCUUUGCUUAUUACUGUAGUAUUGUUAUUACAUAAGACAUAAUUUGAUUGAAACAUCUUUUGUAAGACAUAACAUUUGGAAAUAAUAUUCACCGCAAAAUGUUUCUAUUUUAAGCUAUCAUUUGUUCUGAAUUCAUUAUAAUUGGGUUGAAAAUCGAAGUGAUACAUAGAUACCAGGAAAAAUCUUCCAAAAUCCUACGCAGCGGUCCCCGUUUUACUUCGCUACAGAGCGUAGCCAAUCAAUUCACUGUGAGGAGAGUGGUCAUUUUAUGUUAACAUUGCACACUUAUUAUUAAAGUUUAUGAUUAUAGCGAAAUUAAUGUUAUACAUACUAGAGGUAUUUUAAACGGUCAUUUUUUAAAAGGAAGAAAGUAUUAGGUUUAUAUUAGUUAUAUUAUAUUGUUAUAUUAGCUAAAUUUCCAUGAUUGACUUAUCUAAAAAGUAAAGGUUUGAAUUUCUUCUUUCUCAUUGUCAUUGCAAG